UUUCACGUACGUGCCCAUCUUGCCUGCACAGCUCCUGGAGGUCCUGAGCACACCGACACCCUUCAUCAUCGGCGUCCACUCCAUCUUCCAGUCCGAGACGCAGGAGCUGUGCGUACCCCUCCCCCUCCCCCCCGAGCCGCUGCUGCAGCAGACCCGGGAAGCCCUCUCCAUGGUCUUGGACCCCGAGCUGGAGGUGGCAGAUCUUGCAUUCCCCCCUUCGACCAUUUCUGCCUCUUCUCUCAAAAUGCAGGAUAAGGAGAUCCGGGCCGUCUUCCUCCGCUUGUUUGCACAGCUGCUUCAGGGUUAUCGCUGGUGUCUGCACAUCAUCCGCAUCCAUCCUGAGCCCGUCAUCCGAUUCCAUAAGGCAGCCUUCCUCGGGCAGAGGGGGCUGACGGAGGACGACUUCCUCACCAAGGUGCUGGAGGGCAUGGCGUUCGCUGGCUUCGUCACCGAGCGGGGGGCCCCGUACCGCUCCAUCGACCUGUUCGACGAGCUCGUGGCUUACGAAGUGAAGCGCAUGCGUGCAGAAGAGGGGAACAAGCAGAAAAUACUGAGGCACAUCAAGGAGCUGGCGGAGAAACUUUACAAAAACGAGAACCCGUACCCUGCGGUGACCAUGCACAAGGUGCAGAAGCCUACGGAAGGUUGUCACCUGCGCCUCCACCAGAAGCCUUUUCCCCGUUUGGAUGAGGGGACAGUGCAGUGGAUCAUCGACCAGGCCACCGCCAAGCUGCAGACGGCUCCUCCAGCCGUGAAGGUGGAGAAGAAAUGCAUGGUGCCGUCGGGACCCCCCAUCGCUGCCAUCAUGGAGCGCAACGGCAACGCCCUGGCCAACAGCGCCCGGCGUCUGGAGGUGGUCAGGAACUGCAUCUCCUACGUCUUCGAGAACAAGAUGCUAGAAGCCAAAAAGCUCUUCCCCGCGGUGCUGCGCGCCAUGAAGGGCCGAGCCGCCCGGCACUGCCUGACCCAGGAGCUGAACCUGCACGUGCAGCAGAACCGGGCAGUGCUGGACCACCAGCAGUUCGACUUCAUCAUCCGCAUGAUGAACUGCUGCCUGCAGGUGCGAGAGGGUUGUGUGAAAUUCUCUUCUGUCUUUCUCCCUCUGCAGAAACUGAGCCCGGGCAUCACGCAGUUCGCCUACAGCUGCGUGCAGGAGCAUGUGGUGUGGACCAACAUCCAGUUCUGGGAGGCCAUGUUCUACUGCGACGUGCAGAACCACAUCCGAGCCUUGUACCUGGACAGCAGCGAGGAGAACCACGCCGAGGAGGAGAGCACAGAAGAGCCGCAGGAGGCCAAGUCAGCCCUGGAGAUCGCGUCGGAGCAGCUGCGGCUGUGGCCCCCCACGAAACGAGAGAAGCAGCAGGAGCUGAUCCAGAAGGAGGAGAGCACGGUGUUCAGCCAGGCCAUCCACUACGCCAACCGCAUGAGCUACCUGCUGCUGCCCCUCGACACCAGCAAGAGCCGCCUGCUCCGCAGCUCCGGGCUGGGUGACGUGGAGAGCGUCAGCAACAGCUUCGUCACCAACAGCAUCGCUGGCAGUGUGGCCGAGAGCUACGACACGGAAAGCGGAUUCGAGGACGCAGAGAGUUCGGAUGUGGCCAACUACGUGGUGCGGUUCAUCAACCGCUUCGUGGACAAGGUCUGCACAGAGAGCGGCGUCACCAACGAGCACCUCAAGGGGCUGCACGUCAUGAUCCCCGACAUCGUGCAGAUGCACAUAGAGACGCUGGAUGCCGUGCACAGGGAGAGCAAGAGGCUUCCCCCCAUCCAGAAGCCAAAGCUGCUGCGUCCCAACCUACUGGUGGGCGAGGAGUGCGUGAUGGAGGGGCUCCGCGUGUACCUCAUGCCCGACGGACGGGAAGAAGCUGCCGGAGGGAAUAUCGGUGGUCCGCCUCUCCUCCCCGCCGAAGGAGCCAUCUUCCUCACCACGUACCGCAUCAUCUUCAAAGGCACUCCCACCGACCCCCUGGUGGGGGAGCAGGUGGUGGUCCGGUCCUUCCCCAUCGCCUCGCUGACCAAAGAGAAGAAGAUCAAUAUCCAGGCCCAGGUGGAUCAGUUCAUCCAGGAGGGUUUGCAGCUCCGCUCCUGCACCUUCCAGUUGCUGAAGAUUGCCUUCGAUGAGGAGGUGGCUUCAGACAGCGCCGAGAUCUUCAGGAAGCACCUGCACAAGCUGCGGUACCCCCAGCACGUGCGCGGCACCUUCGCCUUCACCGUGGGCCAGUCCCCCAAGCAAGCCAUGCAGCCCAAGGCCAAGGAGAAGAACCCAUCGCUCAGGACACUCUCCAAAAACCUGGUGAAAAAUGCCAAGAAAACCAUCGGCCGGCAGUACGUGACGCGAAAGAAAUACACGCCGCCAGCCUGGGAGCAGCGGAGCAGCCAGCACUUCUCCGAGGACAACGAGGACGAGAUCUCAGUGUCCGAAGAGAUGGACAGAAGCACUUUGACCCCCACCACCACCAUCAAACCUUCGGAUAAAAUGACCAUCAACCACUUGGUGGAACGCGCCUGCUGCCGCGACUACCAGCGCCUGGGGCUGGGGACCCUCAGCAGCAGCCUCACCCGCUCCAAGAACGAGCCCUUCCCCAUCUCCACCCUCAACCGCAUGUAUGCCAUCUGCCGCAGCUACCCCGGGCUGCUCAUCGUGCCGCAGAGCAUCCAGGACGCAUCCCGCUGCUACCGCCAGAACCGCUUCCCUGUCGUCUGCUGGCGCAACGCCCGCACCAAAGCCGUGCUGCUGCGCUCGGGGGGGCUGCACGGCAAGGGCGUCGUCGGCCUCUUCAAA